AUGGCCGAGCAUCAGGAAGACAUCGACAAUCAGGCCACCACAAGGGUGAUUCGUGAAAAGGACGAAGAGAUAAUUGAGAAUGUCGACGAUACUCUCAAGGGCGCCCAGAGGGCCACCGCCGAUGAACAUGGAAUGAGCCUUCGAGAGGGUAUUCGCAAGUACCCCAAGGCUGUUUUCUGGUCGAUCUGGUUCUCCUCGGCCCUGAUCAUGGAAGGCUUUGACCACGCUUUCAUCACUGGCUUCUUUGCGUUUCCUGCGUUCCAAGAGCACUACGGCACACUGCAGAAGGAUGGAACCUAUCAAGUUCCCGCAACUCUGCAGUCUGCCAUCGGCAACGGUGUCAAUGCCGGAGAGAUCAUUGGUCUUUUGCUCAACGGUAUCCUCGCUGAUUACUUCGGUUACCGUUGGGUCAUGAUUGGCUGCCUGUUCCUCAUGAUGGCUUUCAUCUUCCUACAAUUCUUCGCCACCAGCAUCUACAUGUAUCUCGGUGCUGAAAUCCUUCUCGGUCUACCAUGGGGUGUAUUCCAAACGCUCACGACCACAUAUGCGGCUGAAGUUUGUCCAAACGUCCUGCGGCCCUAUCUGACAAUGCUGGUGUCUCUUUGCUGGAGUAUUGGUUACCUACUUGGAACCGGUGUCCUUCGUGCAUUCCUCUCCUCGACCGGGCAGUGGGCUUAUCGCAUUCCUUUUGCGCUGCAGUGGAUUCUUCCUAUCCCUCUUGCCAUUGGUAUCUACUUGGCUCCAGAAUCUCCAUGGUGGCUUAUUCGCAGGGGUCGCACUGAAGAUGCAGGCAAAGUCGUCCGUCGACUGCGGGCAAAAGAUAGCCCGGAGGAUGAGAUUGAAGAUACCGUGGCCAUGAUGGUACAGACUGUCCGGAUCGAGAAUGAAAUGAAGGCUACUAGCACCUACUGGGACCUAUUCAAGGGUGUUAACCUGCGUCGUACUGAGAUCACUGUCUUCACCUAUCUUAUUCAGGAGCUGUGUGCUCCUCUUGUUGCCUAUAUCGUGUACUUCCUCGAGCAAGCUGGUCUCGAGGCAACUGCCUCGUUUGACUUUGGCAUGGGAGAAUACUCUCUGGCUAUUUUGGGUGUCUUUGUCGCAUGGUUUCUCGUUCCUCGAAUGGGUCGACGCACCUUGUUGCUCAGUGGUACGGCUUUCAUGACUGCCACGACAUUCGUGAUCGGCUUCUUGGGUAUUCCAAGCAUCAAGACACACCCGAAUAUCGGCUAUGGAAUUGGCACCAUUCUUCUCGUGGAAUACUUUGUCUUCUUCAUCACCAUCGGUCCCAUCAUCUACACUAUUGUGACUGAAAUUCCAUCCAACUUCCUGCGAAACAAGAGUGUUGUUCUUGCUCGUGCAGUUUACAACGUCGCCGUUCUCGUUUACGGUCAGCUUGUACCGCAUAUGAUGCAAAAGGCGGCCUGGAAUUGGGGAGCAAAGUCUGGGUUCUUCUACGGAUCUAUCAUGGGCCUUGGUCUGAUCUGGGCGUACUUCCGUCUCCCUGAGACCAAGAACCGCACCUUUGCUGAGAUGGAUAUUCUUUUUAAGAACGAGGUGAAGGCGCGAGACUUUGUGAAGACCAAGGUGGAUCUUGCAAGUGAGACUGUGUCUCAGGACUAA